GUGGUAAGGACUGGAAGUGAAACCCCGACCUCCGUAAUAUCGACAAGCCGGGAAUACUGGAAAAAACGACGAAAUGAUACAGUAACCGUGAGUAAACGAUUAUAAACCAUGUCAGGAAUGUGUUAGCUAGCGCUUAAGGUCCAUCUGGAGUGUUUAUAGCUAAAAUUAAGUCAGACAUUGUCGAGUUUUAGGCCAAUUAGCGUCCAAAGAACUGCGUAACGUUACUGCUGGACUGGAGACGGGUUCAGUCGCUAUAUAGACGUAAACAAACCUGUUAACACCUUGAAGGAUAUAAUUCGUGUUUAGAACAUAUGAUGUGCGGAGUUGCUGAAGAACAGUCAGGUCUUCCAAGCUCUUGGUAACAUCUGAAGUCUGAAGUGUUUGCUUUGGCCUCAUAAAGACACCAGCGGAGAGUUUCACAGCAGCCGGAUUGCUUUAGACUCACUGUCACACAUAAACGUCCUGAUAUCAUUUAGAGAAGGAGGCGCUGCAACAUUAUCAUGACGUGUCGGGACCGCACACUUGAGUUCCAGUCGGCUUGUAAGUCACUGCAGGGAAGACAGUUACAGAAUGGGACUCACAUUAAACCUGCCAUUAAUGCCAUUAAACAGCGCAGUGACUUCACUCUUAUGGCCAAGCGAAUUGGGAAAGACUUGAGCAACACGUUUGCCAAGCUUGAAAAGCUUACAAUUUUGGCCAAGAGGAAGUCUUUGUUCGAUGAUAAAGCAGUGGAGAUUGAGGAACUAACGUACAUCAUUAAACAGGACAUCAACAGUCUGAACAAGCAGAUAGCGCAGCUGCAAGACCUUGUACGAUCCCGCAGUGGGCAAAAUGGCCGCCACAUCCAGACACAUUCCAACACAAUUGUUGUCUCCCUGCAGUCCAAGCUGGCAUCAAUGUCAAACGAUUUCAAGUCAGUCCUGGAAGUGAGAACAGAGAAUCUGAAGCAGCAGCGCAGCAGAAGAGAGCAUUUCUCCCAGGCCCCUGUCUCAGCCUCUCCUCUGCUCACCAAUAACUUCAACAGCUCAGUUCUGAUGCAGGAUGAGUCCAGGAGUCUGGGAGGAGAGGUGGCCAUCGACAUGGACUCUAGAGCAAACCCUCUGCAGCUGCAGCUCAUCGAUGAACAGGACUCGUAUAUCCAGAGCCGAGCAGAUACCAUGCAGAACAUCGAGAGCACCAUUGUGGAGUUGGGUUCCAUCUUUCAACAGCUGGCGCACAUGGUCAAAGAGCAGGAAGAGACGAUUCAGAGGAUUGACGCCAAUGUGGAGGACACCCAGCUGAAUGUGGAAAUGGCCCACACUGAAAUACUGAAGUACUUCCAGUCUGUCUCCUCCAAUCGCUGGCUCAUGAUCAAGAUAUUCCUUGUUCUCAUCAUCUUCUUCAUCAUCUUUGUGGUCUUCCUCGCCUGAGAAGGAGCGACCUUGAGUGUAAGGAGGGAUGAAAACGGAGCCAAAGGGUUUGAAGGAGGGAGGAGAAGGCUAUGGACUUAUGGGCGAAUGUGCAAAAACACAAGUGGUGCCACCUGUGCCACAGGGGACUCUGGCUCCCGGGGGGAGGGUGUGGUAGGGUGGGAUGAUUUUAGUCGGAGUUACUUGAGUCAGAUGUUAAUUCUGUCACUGUCGACUUUCACUCUCCUGCACUAGAGGGUAAUGAAGGAUGAUGCUGAUGAAGGUGGACCUGAGAUUUACUGUGUAUUUAAAAAAAAAAGAGAGAGAGAGGUAGUGUUCUGAUUCACUCUGUUCUCUUUAAGCUUCAUCUACAUCUGCAUUAAUAUUUGAGCCUUCGUUUGUUAUUAAUAAUCGCAUAUUAAAAGAGAAGGCUUUUUCCCCAAGUGGUUUGAUUCUCCAAACUGCUUUAGUUGGUAUUUCUCAAUGUUAUCCGUAAUCAGCGAUGACAAUUUUUUUUUUUUUUUUUUUUUUUUACAGUAAAUUAAAUGUGACCUGGUUAUUGUCAUAAAAUAAUCCUGAUAAUAAUAAUUCCCCCAUUAAUCUUUAUUAAUAUUGUUAUUGUAUUUAUAUCAAAUACAGGCAGUUAUUUGCCACUUAUGAGUGAAUCUCACAAAGAAAUAUCAGACACAUUUUACCCCCAAAAAUUUGAUAGGAAAAAUAAUU